CCGCGGCCCGCGCACCAAUCCCUCCCCACCGUCCACGCGCCUCGCCUCCUCCAAACCCGGCCGUCCCUUCGUCACGCGCCGUCCUUUUAUAUCCUUCCACGCGCCCCGCAUGCACGGAUCACGAAUCCAGGAUCACGUGAGAGAGCAGUAGAAGAGGAAGAAGAGGACGGCCGCGCACCACGGUUAAGCCAACCAGCUGCCUGCCAGCCAAGUCCAGGUACGCACGCUACGCGCCGAUGGAGAUGAAGCUCUCGUCGUCCAGCUCCGGCGAGGUGCUAGGCGGCAGCGGCUGCAAGAAGCGGCCGCCGAGCCGGCUCCAGAAGAAGGCGCCCGCGUCGCUGAACCUGGAGCAGCCGGCCGGCCCGGCGGGCGCCCCCGCGGCGUCCCCCGCCGCCGCGUGGAGCGGGGACGGGAGGACGCCGAUCCCGCUCCUUUCGCCGCUCGUCAUGUCGCCGGCGCCGGCGUGGGAGGCGGACCAGGGCGGGAGCAGCAGCAGGAGGGAGGGCCAGGCCGAGGGGACGAGCGCGACCCGGCACGGCGCGGGCAGCAACGGGGAGCGCCGUGGCCAGUCAGACGAGAAGUCGAAGACGCCCGCGCCCGCGCCCAGCGGUGGGUGGCGACACCCGGCUAUGCCGACGCCGACGCCGGCGUCGUCCCCCGCACCCGCACCCAGCGCGGCCGGGGGGUGGCGGCACCCGGCGCUGCCGACCCCGGUCGCGGAGCCAGCGUCCCUGACGCCGCUCUUCAAGUCGCAGUGCGCGGUGGAGGUGCGCAACGCGCAGCAGUGAGGAAGAUCCAGAACCAGGCGACUGGCCAAAGGCUUCGCGGUCGACGUGCGCAAGGGUUCGCUCGCGGUGGUCGCAGGCCACGCGGGCUCUCUUAAUCCUGCUUGCCUGAGUCAUCGUCGUGAAGUCGUCGUAAUCCUGCUCGCCUCGUGUAAAUUGGAUGUGGUUGCGGUUCUCAGCUGUCGACAUGAAUUCAAUAAAAAAGCAAUGGCACAAUCUGGAUUCCUGGCGCCGCGUCUCAUGUUCUGUCGCUGAUUUAGAAAAGGUUUUGUUCCAUCGAUCAGUGGUUGAAGAACCAACGCCCACAGGAGGAACGAGAGCAUGUUCAGCGUGGUGGUUCUAAGAAACUGACAUGUAGAGAGGUUCUAAAAGAAAUCAACAAACGAUGCAACGUAUGCAUUUUUCUUA